AUGGGUGACUACUCGAAAGCACUUGACUUUUACGACAAAGCACUUAAAAUAGAAGAAAAAACUCUGCCUCCGAAUCAUCCCUCAUUGGCUGCUUCAUACAACAAUAUCGGUCUUGUGUAUGCCAACAUGGGUGACUACUCGAAAGCACUUGAAUUUCAAGAAAAAGCACUUAAAGUCUACGAAAAAACUCUGCCUCCGAAUCAUUCCUCAUUGGCUAUUUCAUACAACAAUAUCGGUGGAAUGUAUGACAACAUGGGUGACUACUCGAAAGCACUUGAAUUUUACGACAAAACACUUAAAAUAGAGGAAAUAACUUUGCCUCCGAAUCAUCCCUCAUUGGCUACCUCAUACAAUAACAUCGGUCUUGUGUAUGGCCGCAUGGGUGACUACUCGAAAGCACUUGAAUUUUACAACACAGCACUUAAAAUACAAGAAAAAACUCUGUCUCCGAAUCCUCCCUCAUUGGCUGCUUCAUACAACAACAUCGGCAUGGCGUAUUCCAGUAUGGGUGAUUAUUCGAAAGCACGUUCAUUUUUAGAAAAGACACUUGCAAUCUUCCAAAAAUCGCUCCCACCAACACAUCCUGGUAUUAAACGAGCGAUAGAUAAUAUUAACUAUGUGAAAAAGAAGAUGUAA